AGCUGUCCUGGGGCGCGGCGAGCAGAAGCCGAGCUGAGCAGAUCCACGACUGCGAUCCGAUUCUUUCCAGUGGCUUCUGCAACCAAGCGGGUAUCCGCUCCCGGUCCUCCGCGUCUCCAGCCCUCGCAUCUCGAGCCCCAGAGUUCCCGACAGCCCCCGCAAUCCCGCUCCCAGGCUACCUGAGAGGAUGCGCGGUACUCCGACGGCCGGAGCAGCCCUAGUGCUAUGCGCCGCCACCGCUGGGCUGCUGAGCGCUCAGGCCGGCCCGGUGCAAUCCAAGUCGCCACGCUUUGCGUCCUGGGACGAGAUGAAUGUCCUGGCGCACGGACUCCUGCAGCUCGGCCAGGGGCUGCGGGAACACGCGGAGCGCACCCGCGGUCAGCUGAGCGCGCUGGAGCGGCGCCUGAGCGCGUGCGGAUCCGCCUGCCAGGGAGCCAAGGGGUCCACCGCGCUCCCAUUAUUCCCCGGGAGCCGGGUCUCCAGCGGCGAGGUGGACCCUGAGGUCCUUCACAGCCUUCAGACACAGCUCAAGGCUCAGAACAGCAGGAUCCAGCAACUCUUCCACAAGGUGGCCCAACAGCAGCGGCACCUGGAGAAGCAGCACCUGCGGAUUCAGAGUCUGCAAAGCCAGGUUGGUCUCUUGGCCUCCACGCACCUAGACAGUGAGGUGGCCAAGCCUGCCCGAGGAAAGAGGCUGCCCAAGAUGGCCCAGCCAGUUGACUCGGCUCACAAUGCCAGCCGCCUGCACCGGCUGCCCAGAGAUUGCCAGGAGCUGUUCCAGAAUGGGGAGAGGCAGAGUGGACUAUUUGAGAUCCAGCCUCAGGGGUCUCCGCCAUUCCUGGUGAACUGCAAUAUGACCUCAGAUGGAGGCUGGACAGUAAUUCAGAGGCGCCACGAUGGCUCUGUGGACUUCAACCGGCCCUGGGAAGCCUACAAGGCAGGAUUCGGGGAUCCCCAAGGCGAGUUCUGGCUGGGCCUGGAGAAGAUGCACAGCAUCAUGGGGGACGGUGACAGCCGCCUGGCCGUGCAGAUGCGGGACUGGGAUGGCAACACCGAGUUGCUGCAGUUCCCCAUGCAUCUGGGUGGUGAGGAUACGGCCUACAGCCUGCAGCUCACCUCGUCCAUGGCUGGUCAGCUGGGUGUCACUGCCGUCCCGCCCAGUGGCCUCUCUGUGCCCUUCUCCACUUGGGACCAGGAUCAUGACCUCCGUGGGGACAAGAACUGCGCCAAGAGCCUCUCUGGAGGCUGGUGGUUUGGCACCUGCAACCAUUCCAACCUCAACGGCCAGUACUUCCGCUCCAUCCCACAGCAUCGGCAGGAGCGUAAGAAGGGAAUCUUCUGGAAGACCUGGCGGGGCCGCUACUACCCACUGCAGGCCACUACCAUCUUGAUCCAGCCCAUAGCGGCAGGGGCAGCCUCCUAGCCUUCUGGCAGGGCCUGGUCCCAGGCUCACAGAGGACGGUGACUCUUCACUCUGCCUGAGGAUGUGGGCACUCCCUGCCCAGGCAGGGGAUCCAAGGAGGGGCCAUCUGGAACCUCGUGGAUGGAGAAGACCACGACUGGAGAAGCCCUUUUUCUGAGUGCAGGGGGGCUGGACACAUUGCCCCCUGAGAUCAGGGCUGCAAGACUUGCACAGACCCUGGAGGCGUGGAUGGAAGGGCAUGGAGCUUCACUCCUCGGCCAGGGAGCUGGGGAUGCAGAGGGACCACUUGGGACCAGCCAGGCUGGCCUCAAUGGCGGACUCAGUCACAUUGACUGACUGGGGGACCAGGGCUCACAUAGGUUGAGAACACCCUCAUGGUGCUUGUACUGUUGUGUGUAGGUCCCACAGGGACACAAGUAGGUGCCAAUGAUAUCUGGACAGAGAUCACAGAGUUCUUGGAAUAAAAGCAACCUCAGAACA